ACUAGUUACUACAAUCUUGAGCUUCUUAUAGAUAGCAAUAGUCGGAGUUGGGUUGGUUCUUACUCUUGAAAAGGCUUGAAGUUCUUGUCCUGGCUUUUGUAUGAAAUAUACUUUGUGGCUUAUCAACACAAUGGGUGGGAUGUGCUCCAAGUCGAGGAGAUCCACUGUAGACGAUGUCACUGUAAAUAAUGCUCCCAGUGGAAGCAUUCCUACUGCUAAUGGCCAUUCAAGUAAUGGGUCUCGUGGUCUGCCUCUGAAAGUGAAUACGAAUUCAACACCGUCUCCAGUUAGUGAUGGCAUGGUUAGUGAUGGCAUGGAUAAGAAAUUGCGAGACCCGUUUAUGUUGCCAGAGACAAAUAGCAUGGUUCCUUAUGGGCUGAUUACAGAUGAUGUCAAUGAUGGGAUUCCUCACUUGUCAAGGGCCUUAUCGCAGAAAAAUAGAUCUACCAAAUCUAAGCAGGCUGUUGCAAAGGUAUCAGAAGUGAGCUCGCUUUUGGGUAGGGCUGGUACUGCUGGCCUUGGGAAGGCAGUGGAAGUAUUGGACACCCUUGGUAGUAGUAUGACAAAUUUGAACCCAAGCAGUGGUUUUACCUCAGGGGUGACAACAAAAGGGAAUAAAAUUUCAAUUUUGGCUUUUGAAGUUGCGAACACAGUUGUCAAGGGUUCAAAUUUAAUGCAAUCCCUUUCAAAGGAUAAUAUCAAACAUUUGAAAGAGGUUGUGCUUCCAUCAGAAGGGGUACAAAAUUUAGUAUCAAUAGAUAUGGAUGAACUCCUGAGAAUUGCUGCAGCAGACAAGAGAGAAGAACUGAAAGUUUUCUCUGGAGAAGUAGUGCGUUUUGGAAAUCGUUGUAAAGAUCCUCAAUGGCACAAUUUGGAUCGCUAUUUUGAGAAGUUGGGUUCAGAAAUUACACCCCAGAGGCAAUUGAAGGAUGAUGCAGAGACAGUGAUGCAGCAAUUGAUGACCUUAGUUCAAAAUACAGCUGAAUUAUAUCAUGAGUUACAUGCCUUGGACAGAUUUGAACAAGAUUAUCGGCGUAAGCUUCAAGAGGAAGACAACUCAAAUGCCACCCAAAGAGGAGACAGCCUUGCUAUCUUAAGAGCAGAGUUGAAGAGUCAAAGGAAGCAUGUGAGAAGUUUGAAGAAAAAAUCACUCUGGUCCAGGAUUUUGGAAGAGGUCAUGGAGAAACUUGUCGACGUUGUGCAUUUCUUACAUUUGGAAAUUCAUGAAGCAUUUGGUAAUGCAGAUACUGAUAAACCUGUGAAAGGUGUUCAGAACAAUCACAAAAAGUUGGGCUCUGCUGGUCUUGCAUUGCAUUAUGCAAAUAUUAUCUCUCAAAUCGAUACUCUUGUGUCUCGAUCAAGUUCUGUGCCUCCAAACACACGGGAUAAUUUAUAUCAGGGGCUGCCACCUGGUGUAAAGUCAGCUUUGCGCUCAAAGCUACAGUCAUUUCAGGUUAAGGAAGAGCAUACAGUCCCUGAAAUCAAAGCUGAAAUGGAGAAAACAUUGCAGUGGCUAGUACCCAUUGCCACUAACACAACCAAAGCUCAUCAUGGCUUUGGUUGGGUUGGAGAAUGGGCAAACACUGGGUCUGAGAUGAACCGAAAACCUGCUGGUCAGACCGACUUGCUGAGGAUUGAGACACUACACCAUGCUGAUAAAAGUAAAACUGAGUUUUACAUUCUUGAACUGGUGGUGUGGCUUCACCAUCUGGUCAGCCAAGUGAGGGUUGGAAACGGUGGAAUUAGAUCUCCUGUUAAAUCCCCUCUUUGCUCUCCAAACCAGAAGGCAAUUCAGUUAUCGACGAACAAACCCAACUGUCCAUCCCCCAUAUUAACAGUUGAGGACCAAGAAAUGCUUCGAUAUGUAAGUAAGAGAAAACUCACGCCUGGCAUUAGUAAGAGCCAGGAAUUUGACACUGCAAAGAACAGGUUCAGCAAGUAUAAUAGGCUGAGUAAGAGUAGUAAUCACUCCCCAACAAGUGAACGUAGGAAGGAUCCAUUUCCCAUAAGGAGGCCAUCGUCCGUUCCGGUCAUUGACUUUGAUAUAGACCGCAUCAAAGCUUUAGAUGUCAUUGAUCGAGUGGACACGAUUCGAAGUAUUUGAAUGUAUGGCCGAUAAAGAUACACAAGCGCAGGGGUCUUGUGGUAUGCCUAAUAGGCCCAUCUGCGGCAAUUUUCCUAGUUGGGUGGUCUUGGUUUGUGGCGAGGGUGAUGUUAUGUUAGCAGGCAGAUGCUGGGUGAUAAGUCAUUGCCAUUUUGAAUGUCUAAAUUUAGGGUGAUAAAUGUGUUGUUCAAAGUAAAUUAAAUUUCUGUAGAUGGAAAGGAUGCUGGGUUAUAGCUUUGCUUAGUGUAAUAUGUACAGAAUAUUCAAUUAAUAAUCGAAAGUUCAUGGUC